AGUUAAUAACAAUUUUAAAUAUUUCACGUUGUUUAAGGUUAUUUCUGUUUUCAAUAAACUUAUAUUUAGUUGAAAAGUUCAGUUAAAAUGGAGUUAAUAAAAACAAUAAAUGAUGAUGAUGAAGUUGAAGAUUUCUCAGAAGAUUCUGAGGCAGAAGUGGUUUUUCAACCGCAAUUGGGAAGAAAUAAAAAUAAAGGUGAUUUUGACAGUAACUUUUCUUUCGUUGCAUCUACAGAAGAAUAUAAUAAAGACCCUUGGAAUGACUUAAGUAAAUAUAUCAAAAGAAAAGCAAAAACAAAGACUGAUGACAAAAUUAAAAAGGCUCGUCUUGACAAUGAGGAGGAAGAAAAUAGCGAUAUUGAAGAAAAUGAAGAUGAUAACGAUUCUGAUCUCUCUGAAGAUGAAUUACAACAUGAUAAAAUUAAGGUGGUUGAAAAAAAAUGGAAGAAAAAAAAAGUUGAUGAGACUUUCUUUGAAACAAUAGAAAACAAUGACGAAUACACAAGUUUUCAACAAAUGAAUCUAUCGAGACCACUACUGAAAGCUAUAACAGAUAUGAAAUUCAUUCAUCCAACUCCCAUCCAAACCAAUGCUAUUCCUAUUGCACUAUUAGGUAGAGAUAUUUGUGGUUGUGCUGCUACUGGAACAGGAAAAACUGCUGCUUAUAUGUUACCUACACUAGAGAGACUUCUUUAUAGACCAGCUGGAUCAGCUGCUGUAACAAGAGUUCUAGUUUUGGUACCAACUAGGGAAUUGGGUGUUCAAGUUUAUCAGGUAGCAAAGCAACUUUGUCAAUAUACGGACAUACAAAUUGGUCUAGCAGUUGGUGGUUUGGAUUUAAAGAUUCAAGAACAUAUUCUGAGAAAAAAUCCUGACGUUGUGAUAGCAACACCAGGACGACUUAUAGAUCAUUUAAAAAGUACACCAACAUUUGGUCUUGAUUCAAUUGAAGUUCUCAUUCUUGAUGAGGCAGACAGAAUUCUGGAUGAGUAUUUCUCAGAACAAAUGAACGAAAUCAUCAAACAGUGUGCAAGAACUCGUCAGACAAUGUUAUUUUCUGCUACAAUGACUGAGGAAGUAGAAAGAUUAGCUGCUGUCUCAUUAACUAAGCCGGUCAGACUUUUUGUGGAUAGCAAUACACAGGUUGCUUUCAAUCUCAGACAAGAAUUUGUCAAAAUUCGAUCUGAGAAAGAAGGAGAUCGUGAACCAAUAUUAGCGGCUUUAGUCUGCAGAAUAUUCAGAGAACAUACUAUGAUAUUUGUUCAAACAAAGAAACAGGCUCACAGACUUCAUGUUUUACUUGGACUUUUGGGUGUUAAAGUGGCAGAACUCCAUGGCAAUUUAACACAACCUCAAAGAUUAGAUGCAUUGGAUCGAUUCAAAAAGAAAGAAGUCGAUAUCUUAGUAGCCACAGAUGUUGCAGCAAGAGGUUUAGAUAUAAAAGGGGUAAAAACUGUUAUUAACUUUGUGAUGCCAGCUACUUUAGAACAUUAUAUUCAUCGUGUUGGUAGAACUGCCAGAGCAGGACGUGCUGGUAUAUCUGUGAGUUUAGCUGGUGAACAAGAAAGAAAAAUGGUUAAGGAAAUUAUAAAACGAGCAAAUAAUACUCUCAAAAGUAGAGUAAUUCCACCAGAAAUUUUAGAAAAAUAUAGGGAAAAAGUACAAAAAGUGGAGCCACAAAUAAGUAAAAUAUUGAAGGAGGAAUAUGAAGAACGUCUUCUCAGUAAAGUAGAAAAUCGAGCCAAUAGAGCAGAGAAGAUGCUGAAAGGAGAAAUAGAUCCUCAAAGGCCAUGGUUCCAGACUAAAAAAGAAAGAGAGAAGGAAAAAGAACAGCUCAGUUUGAAAGAUGUUUCUGUUGAGCCUAAACCAAAAACAGAUAAUAAAAAUAAAGGUAAAAAUAAUAAGAAAAAAGGACAAAGUUCUGCAGAAGAUAGAGCCAAUAAUGAAAUAAAAAAAGUUGCUCUUUUACAAGCAAAAAUGGCUAAAAGAAAAUCUAAACCAUCCAAAAUAAUAGCGGUACAUGAUGUAGAUACAAGCAAAAAGAAAGUAGGAAAAAAGAAGGAUUCCUUUUUCAAAGAUUUGACGGAUACGUCAAGAAAAAAUACAAAAAAAUUACGUUAUGAAGCUAACGCCACAAAGAAUAUGAAGAUGAAGAACAAAGGUGGUGGUUCUAAGAAAGGAAAGGGUACUUUUGGAAAGCCCCAAAAGAAAAAGAGUAAAUUUUGAUAUUAAUCUGUAAAAAAAAAUUUUUAUAAUGUAAGUUGCUGUUAAAAUUAUUUUGAAGACUAUUGACAUGUACAUUAAUAAAUUUUCAGUCCCA